ACUACUAUUCACUCUCUUCUGGACUUGGAGCACUACAAUGAGGGAAAUAGUUCACAUACAAGCAGGCCAGUGUGGAAACCAAAUUGGAACCAAGUUCUGGGAGGUUAUCAGCGAUGAGCAUGGUAUUGACCCAACUGGGAACUACACUGGCGACACAGACCUUCAGCUGGAGAGAAUCAAUGUGUACUAUAACGAGGCGUCCUCCCACAGAUACGUCCCGCGGGCUGUUCUGGUGGAUCUGGAGCCCGGUACCAUGGACAGUGUGCGCUCUGGACAGUUCGGGCAGCUCUUCAGACCGGACAAUUUCAUAUUUGGGCAAACAGGUGCGGGUAACAACUGGGCGAAGGGACACUACACGGAAGGGGCGGAGCUGAUGGACUCGGUGCUGGACGUGGUGCGGAAGGAGUGCGAGUACUGCGACUGCCUGCAGGGCUUCCAGGUCACCCACUCCCUGGGCGGAGGCACGGGCUCCGGCAUGGGCACCCUGCUCAUCAGCAAGAUCCGGGAGGAGUACCCCGACCGCAUCAUGAACACCUUCAGCAUCAUGCCCUCCCCGAAGGUGUCCGACACCGUGGUGGAGCCCUACAACGCCACCCUCUCCAUGCACCAGCUGGUGGAGAACACGGACGAGACCUACUGCAUCGACAACGAGGCGCUCUACGACAUCUGCUUCCGCACGCUCAAGCUGGCCACGCCCACUUACGGGGACCUCAACCACCUGGUGUCAUCCACCAUGAGCGGGGUCACCACCUCCCUCCGCUUCCCCGGCCAGCUCAACGCCGACCUGCGCAAGCUGGCCGUCAACAUGGUGCCCUUCCCCCGCCUGCACUUCUUCAUGCCGGGUUUCGCCCCCCUCACCAGCAGGGGGAGCCAGCAGUACCGCGCCCUCACGGUGCCCGAGCUCACCCAGCAGAUGUUCAACGCCAAGAACAUGAUGGCGGCGUGCGACCCGCGCCACGGGCGCUACCUGACGGUGGCCGCCGUGUUCCGCGGGCCCAUGUCCAUGAAGGAGGUGGACGAGCAGAUGCUGUCGGUGCAGUGCAAGAACAGCACCUACUUCGUGGAGUGGAUCCCCAACAACGUGAAGGUGGCCGUCUGCGACAUCCCGCCCCGUGGCCUCAAGAUGGCCGCCACCUUCGUCGGCAACAGCACGGCCAUCCAGGAGCUGUUCAAGCGCAUCUCGGAGCAGUUCGCCGCCAUGUUCCGCCGCAAGGCCUUCCUGCACUGGUUCACCGGCGAGGGCAUGGACGAGAUGGAGUUCAGCGAGGCCGAGAGCAACACCAAUGACCUGGUGUCCGAGUACCAGCAGUACCAGGACGCCACCGCCAACGAAGGAGAGGAGACCUUUGAGGAUGAUGAGGAAGAGCUCACAGAGUGAAUCUUUCCUUAAAAACUUUUUUUUACAAAAUGUUUUCAU